AUGACUCGUCUCUUGACAAUAGCCUGCUUGAUUUCUCUCUUCAUCGAUGUCAUUCUUCCAUGCAUUCGAACAACGCCAUCAUCUGUCACCACAACGACAACUACAACUACAACAACUACUACAACUACAACAACAGCGGCAACUCUUUGUGCAUCUUGUGAUGUUGACUUGAUUACGAUUGACUUGACGAGUACGGGCACUGUCGAUCCAGGAAGAACAGGACCAACUACGGAUGCGAAUGGUUGUUCAGUGCUCACAUUCACGUGUAAUUCGGUUACUGCCGGAGCUCAAGUUGUGCUAUCGUUCAACGACGAUGCAGCAGGAACGAAAUCCGAUUUUGGAACAGUGACAGACUUUGUGACUUGUAAUGCACAAGGAAUGUGGGAAAAGACGGCAAAUGGAGCAACGGCUGUCAUCACUGAAGUCGGAUGUUUCACUUCU